AUGGGUAGUGAACAGAAAAGGACAGCUUGGACUAUGACCCUGGUGCCUAUAUGGCUCUCCAUAGUAGUGGUCCUGCUAUGUGGCAGGUUCUUUCUAGUGGGGACAGAGGGAGGGGAUGGGGCUGUGUCCUCCUCCACCUACUCUCCCAACCCUGAUGAGACCCACAGUUCCAACUGCUCAAGUCUCACUGUGAAACUGGAGUUUUCGACCAAAGUAGUCGAACAUGGUAAGCUAUGUUACUGUAGUUUACAGACUAGAACACCAAUGGCAGGAAGGGCUGCCUCUUGGCUACUCCUAUGGAACUUCUGCUGUAAAAUCAUGACUGACAUACAAGGUCCAUACUCACCAUUUCCUAACAUUUCAUUAUUUGGGUCAAAGCCAAAGGAUGUUUGGGAGAUAUUCAGGCCACAUUCUCUUUAUGGUGAUUGCCAUUUAUGACAUGUAAGUCAAGUUUAUCUUUGUUUUAUGGUGUUUUUUCAAUGAAUUGUCACUCAUUGACCACAUACCGAUAACACAACCUGAGCGUGGCAGGACGAUCACUGUCAAGCUGCUCUACUCUACUCUACCUGGCUGGAGGUUCCCACAUGGCUUAGCAGGCUUCAGCCAAGGGGUAUUCAACUAUUAACAUACGAGGUCCGGAGCCUGCUGGUUUUCUGUUCUACCUGAUAAUUAAUUGCAUCCACUAAAUCAAUCCCUGAUUUAGAGGGGAACAAUGAUAAAAAGCAGUGGAACUGGCUUCGAGGUCCGGAGGUCGUGUCUAAACUUGACACUUACAUGCAACUUCUGCUAUCAGAAUACGAAGAUCGCAUUGAAAAGACGGGUGGUCUGAUUGUGUACAGAUCUGGCUGACACUUCAGAAGGUGGUCUGGCUGACCACUUCAGAAGGUGGUCAGGGAUGCAUUGUGUGCGGAUUUCUCCUCAGUCUGACGCAAUCAGGCUACCGAAAGCUCAUACAGUGGGUGACAUCAUCAGCACUCCACUGUGGUCCACAGUGGUCCUCUGUAGCUCAACUGGUAGAGCACGGCGCUUGUAACGCCAAGGUAGUGGGUUCGAUCCCCGGGACCACCCAUACACAAAAAUGUAUGCACGCAUGACUGUAAUUCGCUUUGGAUAAAAGCGUCUGCUAAAUGGCAUAUUAUUAUUAUUAUUAUUAUUAUUAUUACUCCUCCCACAGCAUGUGAGAAACUUGUUUGCUGGCCUCAUAAAUGCUAGCAUUCUAGCUAAUAUUUAGAAAAAACAUUUGUUUGGCUAGAGUUAUGCUAACCUGUUUGCAAUCCCUUUAGCGUUGCUUGCUUGCUGGCUAGCUACAGAGGUUAGCUGGCUAGUUAGCUACAGUAGUUAGCUACUGUCAUCAGUUGUUGUGGCAUUAUCAUAUUUUGCCUUUUCCACCGUUUGUAGAAUGCAUGCUGGCCUUUGAAUAUAGCGCCGGAAAAGGGAAUCUGGACACGGUAGACACAUUUAUAUAUAGGUGUAGACGCAUGAGACGUUUGGAAUUCCAUGAUCAGAACUCUAUGAUCAGAAUACUAAAGCUGCAUGAACGGGUCAAGUCUAGACACGGCCAGAGUUGAGUUUUAGGGCUUUAGCCAAACUGUGUUGGAUCCUUCAUUGUUGGAUGGAGUAUUCAUUGGCUGUUGUCCCAGAGCGUACAUACCCCCUCCUUCCUCUUAAAGGUCCAGGACUCGAGUCAGAGUAGUCUGUCUGGGAUGCGUGUCUGUGCAGCCUUGCUGGCAGAGCACCAUGGCAGAAUAUAACAUGGUAUUUAUAGUCCCCUUAUUAUUGACCUUUAUUCCACAGCCUUAUUUUUCAAUGAAUUCCUACUGACUCAGUGAGAGCAGUGCAUUGUGAAGCAGGGCGAGGGAUCAUCAUGAUAGAGUGGUCGGGCUAAGCGGUCAAGAUCAUGUGAAGGGCCUUGUGCAGAGUCAAUAAAGAAUUGGCUUGUAGUUUUAUGUCUCUGCCAACACAUUCAUACUAAAUUCAUGAAAGUUAAGCUACAUUGGUGCCACGCGCCAGGGGUCUGUGCAAUUGUACACCGACGAUGGCACAAUGUAGCUAACUGAAAGUUAUUCAGUAUGAUUUGAUUCUAGGCCUCCUUUUGUCAUUCAUUGCUGUUUUUAUGGGCUUUUAUUUCACUGUUGUGACAGCAGAGGAACUGCUAGUACAAUGCAGACUUGCAGGGUAUCAGUGCAGACUUGAAGGGUAUCACUGUACCAGUUUUUCUUCUAGAAACAAGAGAAUAUUACAGUGACUGUAAUGGCAAACCUUGAGCUUUAAGGACAUCUAAAACCAAUGGAGUAAUGAGUUUUACCUAUAUCGCUCUCCCCAAAUGGCAAUGCCACCUAUAAAUCCGUUGACAUUGGAAUGUCCCACAGCUGAAGCACAACUGCCUUGGAGAUGUUUAAUGAUUACCCUGUUCUCUCUUUCUCCAGAGUACAUAGUGGUGUUUAAUGGCUACUUUACAGCCAAGGCACGCAGUCUCUUCAUCAGCAGUACUCUGCGGACCGCCGAGGCCCUGGACUGGCACAUCGUGCUCCGGGAGAACCCAGCCAGUGACUUCCCCAGUGACUUUGAAGUGGUGCUGAUCCGCCAGGCCUCUCGCAGCAGCCUGCUCACCCUGGAGGACCACCCCUACAUCAAGAGGGUCACUCCCCAGCGCAAGGUGUUCCGCACACUCAAGUAUACACCUGACUGUGAGUCUCCAUCUCCGCUCAGCCCUGCUUUUCUUGUUUUAACUGAUCCACAUACUUUAUGCUUUGUCAUAUAGACAGUCCCCAUAUCCCACAUACAGUGGCUUGCGAAAGUAUUCACCCCCCUUGGCAUUUUUCCUAUUUUGUUGCCUUACAACCUGGAAUUAAAAUGGAUUUUGGGGGGGUUGUAUCAUUUGAUUUACACAACAUGCCUACCACUUUGAAGAUGCAAAAUAUUUUUUAUUGUGAAACAAACAAGAAAUAAGACUAAAAAACAGAAAACUUGAGCGUGCAUAACUAUUCACCCCCCCAAAGUCAAUACUUUGUAGAGCCACCUUUUAAAGCAAUUACAGCUGCAAGUCUCUUGGGGUAUCUCUAUAAGCUUGGCACAUCCAGCCACUGGGAUUUUUCCCCAUUCUUCAAGGCAAAACUGCUCCAGCUCCUUCAAGUUGGAUGGGGUCUGCUGGUGUACAGCAAUCUUUAAGUCAUACCACAGAUUCUCAAUUGAAUUGAGGUCUGGGCUUUGACUAGGCCAUUCCAAGACAUUUAAAUGUUUCCCCUUAAACCACUCAAGUGUUGCCUAAGCAGUAUGCUUAGGGUCAUUCUCCUGCUGGAAGGUGAACCUCCGUCCCAGUCUCAAAUCUCUGGAAGACUGAAACAGGUUUCCCUCAAGAAUUUCCCUGUAUUUAGCGCCAUCUAUCAUAAAUUCUGACCAGUUUCCCAGUCCUUGCUGAUGAAAAACAUCCCCACAGCAUGAUGCUGCCACCACCAUGCUUCACUGUGGGAAUGGUGUUCUCGGGGUGAUGAGAGGGGUUGGGUUUGCGCCAGACAUAGCGUUUUCCUUGAUGGCCAAAUUUUAGUCUCAUCUGACCAGAGUACCUUCUUCCAUACAUUUGGGGAGUCUCCCACAUGCCUUUUGGCGAACACCAAAUGUGUUUGCUUAUUUUUGUCUUUAAGCACUGGCUUUUUUCUGGUCACUCUUCCGUAAAGCCCAGCUCUGUGGAGUGUACGGCUUAAAGUGGUCCAAUGGACAGAUACUCCAAUCUCCGCUGUGGAGCUUUGCAGCUCCUUCAGGGUUAUCUUUGGUCUCUUUGUUGCCUCUCUGAUUAAUGCCCUCCUUGCCUGGUCUGUGAGUUUUGGUGGGUGGCCCUCUCUUGGUAGGUUUGUUGUGAUGCCAUAUUAUUUCCAUUUUUUAAUAAUGGAUUUAAAUGGUGCUCCGUGGGAUGUUCAACGUGUCGGAUAUUUUUUUAUAACCCAACCCUGAUCUGUACUUCUCCACAACUUUGUCCCUGACCUGUUUGGAGAGCUCCUUGGUCUUCAUGGUGCCGCUUGCUUAGUGGUGUUGCAGACUCUGGGGCCUUUCAUAACAGGUGUAUAUAUACUGAGAUCAUAUGACAGAUCAUGUGACACUUAGAUUGCACACAGGUGGACUUUAUUUUUUACAUUUUACAUUUUAGUCAUUUUAGCAGACGCUCUUAUCCAGAGCGACUUACAGUUAGUGAGUGCAUUCAUUUUAAUUCUAACUAAUCAUGUGACUUCUGAAGGUAAUUGGUUGUACCAGAUCAAAUUUUUUGAAACAAGUUAUUUUUUUCAUUUCACUUCACCAAUUUGGACUAUUUUGUGUAUGUCCAUUUCAUGAAAUCCAAAUAAAAAUCCAUUUAAAUUACAGGUUGUAAUGCAGCAAAAUAGGAAAAAUGCCAAUGGGGAUGAAUACUUUUGCAAGGCGCUAUACGUGUGUGUGUGUGUGUCAAGUCAUAUAGCUGCCCUCCGGUCAUGUUUUUCUGUGUUUGAUCGACGUUUAGCAGGGAUCAUAUAUCAUGCAGCACCUACAUCCUAACCAGCAGUGGGGCAGCUCCAGGAGAGCACUGUUUGUGCCUGGGGGUUGGUAGAAACUCCUCUCAGGACCUGGGUCAGUAUGAAUGAGUGCUGUGUCUGGGCACAUUGGAGCCCCCUCCAGCCCAGAGCCAUUUUACAUUUACAUUUUAGUCAUUUAGCAGACGCUCUUAUCCAGAGCGACUUACAGUUAGUGAAUACAUAUUAUUUUUAUACUGGCCCCCCGUGGGAAUCGAACCCACAACCCUGGCGUUGCAAACGCCAUGCUCUAUCAACUGAGCUACAUCCCUGCCGGCCAUUCCCUCCCCUACCCUGGACGACGCUGGGCCAAUUGUGCGCCGCCCAUGAGUCUCCCGGUCGCGGCCGGCUGCGACAGAGCCUGGAUUCGAACCAGGAUCUCUAGUGGCACAGUUAGCACUGCGAUGCAGUGCCUUAGACCACUGCACCACUCAGGACCACUGCGCCCUAAAUAGUCGUCCUCCUCCCACCACCUAGUCUGCAUCUGUAUUGCAGGAAUCACUCACCACUACAAUGACCGUGCUGCACUGCAAACCAACACCAGUACCACUUUAAACAUUAUUUAAUUGAAAGGGGACAUUGAAAAUGAACUUGAUGGAAGGGGAGUGCAUUCAAAAUCACAGCGCUCUCCUCCGAGUUGAUGAACCAUUUCAUAGUUUCCAAGGAUGUUUUAUUCCAUUGACAUUAAUAAGGCUAGAAUUAUCUCCACCGAUUGACCUCCUGGAUCCAUUUAGAGGUGGUAAUAAUUAUGAAUUAUUGUAAUAUAAUUACACUUCAUAGUGGAGACAUCAGCAGCUCUGUCAGUGUCGCUGAAGACUAACUGUUACUGCAAUAGGGCCAUUUCACAUGAUUAGAUCAGUGGUGCUUGUUAACCGCCCACCACCAUCUCCUAUAUAUUGUCGCUGAUUAUUGUAGUGGUGCUGUUUCAUUUGGAACCCAAUCAAGUUCAACGAGCUCAUGUAUUCUGCAUGAUGAACUACAUUCAGUAGCUAGUUAACAUCCAGAUGAAGUCAGAAAGCAGCAUUUGUGGUAUUCUGUUGCUUCUUGAUUUGAAAUGAGAACAAAAGAGAUUACUUCACUGUACACAGAAUAAAGAGAUAUUUCAUAUCACAUUGGGGAGCUGUCGAUUUCUCUCAAUAUUGUACACACACUAACAAUGUAUGACUGAAUGUUUGUUUUUCACUCCUGGGCUUUUUCAGCGAUGAUUGUUCUUGAUGUUUUCCUCUCUUGUCAUCUCUGCCCGUCAGCGCCGGACCCCGGGGCACCCUGCAACAACGACACCCGCUGGACCCAGAAAUGGCAGUCGUCCCGGCCACUGUGCCGGACUAGCCUGUCUCUGGCCUCGGGCUUCUGGCACGCCACGGGCCGCCACUCCAGCCGGAGGCUACUGAGAGCCAUCCCCCGACACGUGGCCCAGAUCCUGCAGGCUGAUGUCCUCUGGCAGAUGGGACACACUGGUGAGGACAGACAUACAGCAGGGGGUACUGUGUGUUUGUUUGGCUAACAAGUUUGUGGUUGUUUACAUUAACGUGUCUUGUGUACAUACUUCUUGCAGUUGUAGUUUUUGAGUACAUUUAUUUGCUGGUUGAUUCUAACUGUCUGUAUUCUCUGUGUGUAGGUUCCGGAGUGAAGGUGGCUGUUUUUGACACAGGACUCAUCGAGAAACAUCCACAUUUUAAAAACGUGAAGGAGAGAACCAACUGGACCAAUGAAAAGACACUUGAUGAUGGUAAGAUCAUGGGUUACUAAGUGAACCCUCUUCUCUCCUUUAGUGAUGUGAUCUGAUUCUGUGCUGUGGCCAUUGACACUAAGUUCGGUCUCUUCCUUCUCUCUCCAGGGCUGGGACAUGGUACCUUUGUGGCAGGGGUCAUUGCCAGCAUGCGAGAGUGCCAGGGCUUUGCCCCAGACUCUGAGCUUCACAUCUUCAGAGUUUUCACCAACAAUCAGGUCUCAUAUACCUCUUGGUUCCUGGAUGCCUUUAACUAUGCCAUUCUGAAGAAGAUUGAUGUCUUAAACCUCAGCAUCGGCGGUCCAGACUUCAUGGACCACCCAUUUGUUGAUAAGGUGAAUAAUAAAGAAUCCCAAAAGCAUUUAAACUGAUUUACUUUUUUUAAGUUUAUCCCAUUCUGAGUAUCUUUUGAUGAAAAUGUGUGUUUGUGUGUGCCAGGUUUGGGAGCUGACUGCUAACAGAGUGAUCAUGGUCUCUGCCAUUGGGAACGAUGGACCACUAUAUGGGUGUGUUCUGACACCGAGAGGAGGUGUGGUGGUCAAAAGGGCGUAG